UAUUUAGGGUUCUUCGCAGUUUCCUCCAAAUGAGCUCCUUUUCUCUGGCGCAGCACCGCCGGCUGCUCCUGCUGCUACUGCGGCCGCGAUCAGCGCGGGGUGUGAGCAGCUCCUGCGCUCGAUUGGCCGAUGACGAUGAAAAGAAGGUCUCGUCGAGGCUGUUCCAGCGGCAGCAAGUGAUGAAUGCGAGGGAAGAGGACGCGUUGGAAGAGGCUACGGGGCCACCCCCAAAGGUUACAACGGAUCAUGUUACGAUGAGCUUCGCCAGGAGCAGCGGUGCUGGAGGCCAAAACGUGAACAAAGUGAACACCAAGGUGGACAUGCGUUUCAAGGUCAUGGCUGCUCAGUGGCUGCCCCUCAGAGCCAGGCUCAAGCUGCUUCAAACGGAAAGGAACAGGAUCAACAAUGAGGGGGAGCUUGUUGUGACAUCGACAAAGAACAGGACACAAAAGGGAAACAUAGAAGACGCGCUUGAAAAAAUACAGGAGAUAAUUGAUGAAGCAUGCUAUGUGCCGCCGCCUCCUUCGGAAGAGACGAAAAAUCGCGUCAUCAAGUUAGCUGCUGCUGAAGAUCAGAAAAGGCUCCAGAUAAAAAAACAAAUUGCCAACAAGAAAUCGUCACGGAGGGAACGUUUCUAGAUCGAGGUACAACCAGUAGAGAGACAGAUAGGGAGCGUGUGUAAUUACGUUGUGUAGAACAAAAUACUUUUUUCUACAGAACGUGCAAGCUUCACUUAAAAA